AUGCUGAUUACCUUCAAUCAUCAUAACAAGCUUGAAAUUGCCAAAUCACUUACAGGCUCUUCGUUGAAAUCAGCAAAGUUCUUCUUCCGACAGGGUUUUGCCAUCCCAGUCGAUCCCCACGACGCUGGUCAAAUUGCUCGACUCCUUCGAAUGAUUUACAGACAAAAUAACUACUACUGCAUUCAUGCUGACAGACGUUCAGACUGCUUAUUCAUAGAGGCCCUGCGUGGUGUGGCGACGUGUUUUGGUGCCAAUGUGGGAUUAGUUCCAUAUGAAGAGCGCGUGGAAGUACAUUGGGGAUACGAAUCGGUCCUGGUUCCACAAAUUACCUGUGCCAAACAGGCGUUAAGGAGUCACGCUACGUGGAAGUACCUGGUGAAUUUGGUUGGACAGGAUUUCCCACUGCGAACGAACAUGGAGUUGGUUGCUGCACUGAAGGCACUCAAUGGUUCCAACCUCGUCGAAUCUGUUGAACUAGGCAAAUUUGCGUUUCGGACAAAUAACAGGCCACUGCCAUUGAAGGUGAGUACCACACAGCAUAUCGAACUUUUCAUGUUGCAGGCAACAUGGUACAAAGGCUCAAUCUACGGUGCAUUUCGAAGGGAAUUUCUCCACGAAGCAGUCAUGGGAACAGCUGUCGGUCCCAUUCGUGACCUAAUGCUUAAGCCUAAUUAUAUUAGGCAUCCCGACGAGUUCUUUUUCCCAACUCUCGCUUACAACAGCCAUCUUCACCUGCCUGGAGCUUGUCUGCAUAGCCCAGCACCCAGGUCAGAGGUGGACUACAACUACCUGGGAAAGUUGGUCAUUUGGGAUUACUACAAUAUGACCUGUUCUACCAAGUACGUUCGAGAUGUCUGCAUUCUCGGAAUGGAUCAGGUGUCGUUGUUGCAGGGAGCGCCACACAUUUCUGCCAACAAGUUCCACGCUGACUACCAGCCAGGGGCUUACGAUGAGAUGGAGCGAUGGUACUUCCGACGAGUCGAAGCUGAAAUGAAAUCAGGCUCCUAUGACAGGAGGACGUUUGAUCCAAAAGUUUACGCUAAUCGUUUGUGUUCACGACAUCACAUCUAG